AUGUCCGAAAUGGAACGGGACGGCGAGGUCAGGGGCCGCGAUGUAAUUCUGGCGGAGAUAAGGCGUUCGACCGAGCACGACUACGCGGCAUCGUGGCGGGGUUGUUGGCCAGUGGACGAACUGGGGAACUCGACAUCCUCCAAGGGAAGCGAUUGCGACGAAGUUGCCGCGGUAGCCGUAACUCCAAGUGGGCGUGUCAGUACCAGUGUCUGGAUAUUGCCCACGGCGGAAGCUUUCGAUAGUACUCUCCGAUGCUCAACACCUGGGAACUCGACCGAGCUCCCUGGACGUAUCUGCAGGCGUAAUCGCAUUAAUUCCCUCGCUCAGCCCUACGGCUCGGCUGAUGCAGACGAGGAUCCUGUUGGCAAGCAUUUACUUGCUCAAAUGCGCUUCUCAGUAAAGUUGCUCACCGCGUUCAUGCAGUGCAAUAUCUCAAUGCCCAUGGGGAACCAGCAGAGCAUUCGGCGAACGCGAUAUACUCUGCGAAUGAACCAAUCACGGAGCCAGAUAGAUUACCCGUCAAGGCAGAAUGACCCAGCAAGCCCACCCAUCCCGUUCCCGGCGACCCAAUACCGUGGGCAGUGGUCACCGACAAUUCAUUUCCCUCACAACAUACUGUGUGAAAAAAGCCCCCCUGGUGAGUAGGAGAAGAAACUCCAAGUAGACGUCAAUGUUGCGAACUGAAACUUGGGGCAAAGGUGAAAAGAUGUUAACACGCUGGGAGAUCUUGUCCGUGUCGUGCACAAAGCCUCGAACUACUAUUCUGGAACACUGCAAUCCUAUCAGGAGUUGGCAUAACAGUAACAGGAGGUCAAUAGGUCGAUCAAAAUAGAGGCCGAGAGUCGUAGGGUCUAUAG